AUGUCGUCGUCCUCAUCUUCUAUUGAUGAGACUCACUUACCGGAGCAGCAGCAGCAGCAGCAGCAGCAGCAGCCGCAACAACAACAACAACAACAAAGUUCUUCACAAAGCUCAGAAUCAUCUGCAACAGAUAACAACACUAUCAAAUUUUACAACUAUCAUGAAUACUUUCUCCAGCCUGACGACUAUGAGGCUCAGUUAGACUAUCUGGAAAAUCCAGCACUAAGUACUAUGGUCCCAGCUACAGAUUAUCGACCAGUGACACCGGUACAACCCGACGACCAGUCAAGCCCAACUUUGAUCAAGUCUGCAGAACCGCCACAACUCGAAAUUCCCACCAAACCUGUUUUGAUUGUACAUUUUCCAAACAGCUACUAUCCAGCAACUCAUCCGUUAUAUCGGCGCACACGCAUUGUUCGUAUCCCGCGGGAGUAUUCGCAAUAUGGCGAUAUAGUACCUCAGUUUUCGACAUAUUUUCCUGGGACAGAACCCGGUGCCUUACAUUCACGGACAUCAAAAAGAAGGGAAAGGGCUAAAAAAAUAAAUAACAGUGAAAAAGCCUUUUAUACGAGUGCAGAAAAUAGAGCGGAUGACGUCAACGACAAUAAUGAAGAGGAUGAAGUGACAUAUCUUGUGCCGGAGACCAACCCGCUGGCGGGGUACCUCGGGCUAUCGCAGUUUUCCGAAAUUGUGACGACUGUAAAUUUGUUGCUGAAACGUGCCUUGUGGCCGUAUAGCGUAGUAAAUGUGGUGGAGCAGGCGCUUGGGUACGCAACAUGCUGGACGCAUAUGUACUUUUUACAGGCCGUGUUAGCAAUGGUUGCAACCGUUCUCUCAGCAGUUGCACCCUCCACUGCAAAGACAGGGGCAUGGGGUUUGCUUCCAGAGCUACGUAACGGAUCGCUAUCCUAUUUGUCAACACAUACGGGUCGCGGACUUGCCCGACUUGAAAGAUAUAUUGUACUGGUGAAUCGGCAGCUGGAGACACAGCAACAUCCAGUACGGAUAAUAUCCCCACUUCGGUCAGCGUACCUGUCUUUAGACUUUGAGGUGCCGAGUCCAGUCCCCGGCGAGCAAUACGAAGAGUGA